UACAGAUUGUAUCGUAAUCAACUGACAGACAGUUCCUGCCCCCACCUGGCAUCUGGAAUAAGAAAUAACCCGACACUGAGGACACUGGGCCUGUCCUGGAACAAUCUGGAGGGUCCUCAUUUCAGGGAUCUGAUGGCGGCUCUGACAACAAGCCGGAUAGAGGAAUUACAAUUGUCCUAUAAUCACCUGACAGACAGUUCCUGCCCCCACCUGGCAUCUGGAAUAAGAAAUAACCCGACACUGAGGACACUGAACCUGUCUGGGAACAAUCUGGGGGGUCCUCAUUUCAGGGAUCUGAUGGCGGCUCUGACAACAAGCCGGGUUAGAGGAAUUACGAUUGUCCUAUACUCACCUGACAGACAGUUCCUGCCCCCACCUGGCAUCUGGAAUAAGAAAUAACCCGACACUGAGGACACUGAACCUGUCUGGGAACAAUCUGGAGGGUCGUAAUUUUAGGGAUCUGAUGGCGGCUCUGACAACAAGCCGGAUAGAGGAAUUACAGUGAGUAUAACAGGACUGACUGAGACAAUCAGAUUCUGGGACAGUUUCCAUUGAAAUCUUCCUGAGACCUCUAUGCCUGGCCUGAACAGAGCAGAGACAAUCACUGCAGACAUUU